AUGGCCUCCAUCAGCGGGGACACGGGGGUGAUCCACGUGGUGGAGAAGGAGGAGGACCUGCAGUGGGUCCUGGCCGAUGGUCCUCACCCACCCUACAUGAUCCUGCUGGAUGGGAAUCUCUUCAACAGGAAGGUGUUGCUGCAGCUCAAGGGGACCUCCCGGGUGUCCGGCCUUGCCGUGGCCGCUGCCAAACCCAGCCCUGCCCAGGGCUUCUCCCCUGGCCUGAAGUGCCCCAACGAUGGGUUUGGUGUGUAUUCCCAGGACUACGGCCCCGAGUUCGCCCACUGCAACACCACCGUGUGGAACCCCCUGGGCAGUGGCAUCUCCUACGAGGACUUUGACUUCCCCAUUUUCCUCCUGGAAGAUGCCAACGAGACCCAAGUCAUCAAACAGUGUUACCUGGACCACAACGUGCCCAGGGACGGCUCUGCCCCCCAGUACCCCCUGUGUGCCAUGCAGCUCUUCUCCCACAUGCACGCCGUGACCAGCACCGUGACCUGCAUGAGGCGCAGCUCCCUCCAGAGCACCUUCAGCAUCAACCCAGAGAUCGUGUGUGACCCUCUCCUCGACUACAACGUGUGGAGCACUUUGCAGCCCAUCAAUUCCUCUGGAAAGGUGGACCCUGAGAAGGAGGUUAUCAUGGUGGCCACACGAAUUGACAGCCACUCCUUCUUCUGGAACAUUGCCCCCGGGGCCGAGGGCGCCGUGUCCUCCUUCGUCACCCACCUGGAGACCUUUGACUACAUUGGCAGCUCCAGGAUGGUCUAUGACAUGGAGCAGGACAAGUUCCCUCUGCGCUUGGACAACAUCCACUCCUUCGUGGAGCUCAGUCAGGUGGCUCUCAGGAAUGGCUCCAUCCUCUGGAUGCACACGGACCCCGUGUCACGGAUGAACCAGUCCGUGGAUGCGCAGGUCAGGAACCUGCUGGCCACCCUGAGCAGGAGCAGCGCGGGCUCGGCCGUGACCCUGCAGGAAGCCGGAUUUUCCCAGCCCCUCCCUCCAUCCUCCUUCCAGCGCUUCCUCCGGGCUCGCCACAUCCCCGGGGUGGUCCUGACUGACCACAGGACAGCCUUCCAGAACAGAUACUACCAGAGCAUGUAUGACACUCCAGAGAACAUUGGGAUGCAGUAUCCCGAGGGGCUGAGCCCUGAGGAGACCCUGGAAUACGUCACGGACACGGCCAAGGCCCUGGCAGAAGUGGCCACCGUGGUGGCCCGAGCCCUUUAUGGCCUGGCUGGAGGGACCAACAGCACCUCUGCCAUCCAGGCCGACCCCAAAACGGUCACCCGGAUGCUCUACGGCUUCCUGAUCAAAAUGAACAAUUCCUGGUUUCAAUCCAUCAUCAAACCAGACCUCAAAGGAAUUCUGGGGGAUGUUCCCCAGCACUACGUGGCAGUUUCCAGCCCUGUGAACACGACCUACCUGGUGCAGUUUGUGCUGGCCAACCUGACGGGCACGGUGGUGAACCUCACCAAGGAGGAGUGUCUGAGCCCCGAGAAGAGCCCCCACACUGAGAGGGAGAUCCUCACCCUGCUGCUGGGAGUCUCCAUCCUGGUCCUGUCCCUGCUCACCACCUACUUCAUCAACGCCAAGGCCGACGUGCUCUUCAGCCUCCCGCGGGACCCCGGGGCCGUGGCCUACUGAGCCUCCCCUGGGCUGGGGAACUCCUGGAAAACUCCUGGGUGGCAGCUGCCAGGGCUGAGCCAGCGCUGGGAUGGCCCUCCCUCUGCACAAGGUUCCCUCCAGAACCUUCCACGUGUCCCAGGGGCUGAGCCCUGAGAGACUCUCCCCAGGAAAAGGCACCGACCGAGCCCCGAAGGGACUUCGGGGCAGAUUCCCAGAGUUUGAUUUGUCCUUGGAGCAGCCUGAGGAGGGUCCUGGAUGCUGCUGGGAGCACCCUGGGGUGGAUUUCUUCCCUGAAUCCAGCCAAGGGUGGGAAGGAUGAAGGUGUUUCCUCCUGGAGCAGUGGAAUUCCGAGGUGUCCAGCAGCCCCAGGAGCCGUGGAAGGUCCAUCCCAAGGUGUCCUCAGCAGGUGAUCAGAUGUAAAACAACCUUGUUUCUUCUAAUGGUGCAAUAUUUUCUGGGCUUUGUACAUAUAUAAAUAGUUCCCUUUAAUUAAAAAACGGCCACUUCCAAAUGAA